AUGACCCCGGCACCAGCGACACCUCGCAGACCCGCAUCGAGCAGAGUGCGCCCGAGUCGCCCCCGAGCAUCGACUACCGCCCCUCGAUCUGAAAAACCCGCUCGCGUCGCCUCAGAACCUCCCAAGAAAAAAUUAAGAUACAUUCCUGGUGGUCCAGGUGGCGGAGGCAGAUAUGUCGAUGACCAGGGCAUAGAAAUACCAGUAGGAGGAACCGGCCCAGGAGGAUAUAAUUACGUCGGUCCGCGCGGACGCAUAGGACGUGAGAACGCAGCGAUGGGUCUGGUACCCCAAGUCUUUCCAAGAAGAGAUCGAAGUACACGAACGAGAACAGUCCUGCCGCGAUCGCAACAGCCGCCGAUGAGGUUCAGCUCUGCAGCUCAGGCUGCUGCAGUCGUACAAAGUGACGGAUACAAGCCACGAGAAGAACGAGCGUGGGAAGAAUUUCAUCCGAAUUUAGAUAUCGAGGGUGCGCUGCGCGCCUUUACAAUAAACGAGGUUCAAGGAAUACUGGAGUCGCGACCUGUUACGCCUGGACCACCCUCAGCAGAAGGGUCAAUAACGAGCGCGAACGCGGCAGAGACCCCGAAUGGUGUUGAGGGAUUCAAAGCCAAGAGUGAAGGAAUACCAACGCCAGCAGCAUCUUUAAAUGGCGAAUCUGCCUUGAAAAUAGCUAUACCUGGGACACCUGGUGGUGGUAAAAGACGACCUGGACGGCCUCCAAAGGAUCCCGUCGCAUUCUACUCUGCGAAGGCUGCAAAACUCGGUGGGACCUUUCUACCUCCAAAAACGCCAAAGAUCGUCGCGCCAGUGCAGAACAUUAACGCCAAGGAGAAAUUAACAUUGCCGCAGCCCUCAUACCGCAAGACUGACACCCUUGCAAGAUUUGAGGACAAGGCUUUAGGACUGGUACGUUAUGUCGACAAAUCGAUGGCAAAUGUUGGGUACCAAGAGACCGAUGUUUUUAUUCGCCCGGAGCACAAACUUAUCAAGGUAUCCGAUACGAGCAUGGAAGAAGAUCUGGACCUCGGACCCGGCCACAAAAGCGAAGGCGACGGAAUAAUAGCUCUAGGUAGUGGUGGUGUCGGCCGUGUAGAGUACGAUAUGGAUGAGCAAGAUGAUAAAUGGCUGGAAGAGUAUAACGCGGAAAGGAAGGCUAUCAACUUUGAGCCGAUUACGCGAGAGAUACUUGAGAUUACGAUUACUAAGGUUGAAAAGGAGUGGCACGCCUUGGAAAAACGGAUACCCAAGCCGAAUCCAAAGCCACCACAGACACAUCGACCUAGAUCAAGCUCGGCUGCUGCCGUCAACGGUGAACCGCAGCCUGGGGAAGAACAGGACAGCAAGUGCGCCAUUUGCGACGAUGGAGAUUGUGAAAAUACCAAUGCCAUCGUCUUCUGCGAUGGCUGUGAUUUAGCUGUACACCAGGAGUGCUAUGGUGUUCCAUUUAUUCCCGAGGGUCAGUGGCUUUGUCGAAAAUGCCAGUUGAUUGGUCGCGGUAUCCCAACAUGUAUCUUCUGUCCUAAUACCGAUGGAGCUUUCAAGCAGACAAAUGCCUCGAAAUGGUCCCAUCUUAUCUGUGCUAUGUGGAUUCCCGAGGUUUCUCUCGGUAACCAUACCUUCAUGGAACCAGUGAUGGAUGUUGAGAAAGUCCCCAAGACUCGAUGGAGGCUCACCUGCUACUUGUGUAAUCAACGCAUGGGUGCUUGUAUCCAGUGCGGUAACAAGAAUUGCUACCAGGCAUUUCAUGUCACCUGUGCUAGAAGAGCGCAUUUGUUCCUGAAGAUGAAGAAUAAUCAUGGCACUCUCGCCGUACUGGAUGGUGGUACGGUCUUGAAGGCUUUCUGUGAUAAGCACUGCCCCUCAGACUAUACUAAAGAAAACGAUGUUGCACGAGCAACUCGAGAAGCGCGGGCCUUCUACAAGAAAUCUAUGCGAGGGCGCCUUUGGGCAGAUAGUCAAGCUUCGGCUUUGACAAUGGCUGCCAAUCACCGACACGCAGUUACUGAGCAUCAACCAGACGAAUCGCAACUUACUGGUGCAAAGGUUGCCAUGAGUCUUAGUGAGGGCAAGAAGAAGGGCAAUCAGCCUGCAAAGCCUAUUUGGAAGCUUCCUUCUGGUGCGCCAGUCAUCCCUCAGGUGGUGUUCAAUUCUGUGGAAAGCUCUCUCCAACGAUUCAACAUUCGCAGACGCAAAGAAUAUGCAGCCGAUGCGUGUAGAUAUUGGACGCUCAAGCGCGAGGCACGAAGAGGUGCUGCGCUUCUGAAGCGAUUGCAAUUACAGAUGGAAACCUUCUCAUCGAUGGAGAUCACCCGCAGAAACUUCGCUGGCAUGGGCCAUGCAGGCAGACCGAGACUCAGCCGGAGAAUUGAGUUUGCUCAGAGCUUGAUCCAAGACAUGGAGCGAUUGAAAGCUCUUGCUGAAGAUGUAAUGAAGCGGGAAAAAGAAAAGCUCAGAUCUGUCGAGCUCGAGGAAGAAGUCGUCGAUACUGUUUAUUUCCCAGUGGCAAAGAUGUUUCCACCGAUGAUUGAUAAAGCUAUUGUGCUUGAUAUCAAGAUGGUCUUUACGGGUGGUCUCUUGAACCUCAAGAAGAAAGUCAAUGACCGAUUCUAUACCACAGCCAUGGGUUUUACCCACGAUAUCUGCAACGUAUUCCACGCCGGGGUCGUGACUCAACCAUCGCCAGAUGCGGGGAUCGUACUUUCGAGCGAAAUCAAGAAACCUGUAGUAACGGAUAUUAAGGAAAGAAAAAAGCUUGGCAAAAGGAUUGUCAAGGCUAUUCAACCUCAACUCCAAAUGGCAGUACGAGCAGAAGCGGAUAUUAAUGGAAAGUCUGCCGAUGACCUCCUGAGGGAACUCGACCAGCUACUCGAUGCUAGCGUGCAGCUCACCGGAGACACGAUCUCGGUUUCAGUUGGUGAUUCACACUCUCUUGCUGAUACCGACAGGCAUGAACGAGAUGUUGAUAUGCCGGAUGGUAUUGAGCAUUCAACCCAUGAAAACGAAUCAGCAAGUGGCUCUCAGAAACCGUCGACGAAUAAUGGAUCGGAAGAUGUGGAAAUGCAAGAUGCCGAUGCGCCUGGUGAAGAAGUUGAUGAAGGCAUUGGCUUAACAGAAGAGACAGACAAGGCUCUGAUUGAAGUUGAUGGGAACGUUUCACAGACCAAAGUAGAGCACGUCAAUGGUGUUAAAAACAACAACAAACUUGACAAUAACGGCACUACGAAACCUCACCAACCUCCCACGCCUCCACUCUCGAAUGGCGAUGCCAGCAUUGAUCCCACCGAUCCACUAAUCAACGGCGGGAUACCUUGGUAUCUCAAAGACUUUCAUCCGGAAGGAACGAGCAUCGUACAAGAACUAAGUUCAGGAAAGGACGCAGUAUCUCAGUUGAGCGAGGAUCUUAGCGACAUGGAUGACGAAGCACUCAAAGGCCUCGGAAUCGAUGUUGACGAAGGUGGUCAUGGCAUCGUGGCCACUGUAGCAGGCAUUCCGAAGCCGAAGGCCAAGGCCAAAGCGAAGAAGAAGAGGUCCAGGAGAUAG